CCCCCUCCCCCCCACCACCCCCUUCUCUCUCUGUACCAUACUCCGCGGGAACAAACUGUUAUGCCGUCUCCCAGAUCUCAUCCUAGCGCCCCGUACGUCCGACCCUUAUAAAUCCCAGUCCGCUGUCCCCGGAAUUCCGAUGCCCGUGGGACUCCACACCGCCUCCUUCUUCUCCCACUCCCUCAUCCCGCUUCUCUUCCACCAAGCCUGAAUUUCUUUUUUUUGCAUUUCUACUUCUCGUGAUUUCCCUGCUGUUGUAUCUUUUUCAUCGUUUUUUAUCAUUUUUCUGCAAUUUUUUGGUAUUCCUUUUAUAUCUUAUAUAUGAUAAUAUGUAUACUAUUUUCAGAGGACUCUGAACUAUUUUUUCUAUAUCCAGUUUUCUUUCUCCAUUUUUGUUAAAGUAACGAAUCAUCCUCUUUUUAGGUUUUUGCAUGAUUGUUGUACAUAAUUUUUAAUUCUAUAUGUAUCAUAUAUUUCAGUAAUUGUUUCUUCGGAUCUUGUAGUAAUUUCACAAUAAUUUCGACCAUUGUAUGAUUUGUUCUUAUAUUUAUUCAUUUUUAUAGAAUAAUAAAUAAAAUAGUGAAGCGAAUCAGAUCUGUUUAAAUCCUCCGGUCUCUGAGGAAAAAUGGUGGACGGGCCGGCGGCGAAACCGGUGCUCCAGAAGCCGCCAGGCUACCGGGCGGAAGGGCCGGCGGCGAAACCAAUGCUCCAGAGGCCGCCAGGCUACCGGGACCCCGCGGCGCCGCCGGUAGUGGCCUCGAAUCCCCCGAAGCGGCGAUCGCAGCUGCCCCCGACCUUCCGGCACGCAGGGAAGGCCCCCUGCCGCCGACGGCGGCGUUUCUCCUGCUGCUGCCUUUGCUGCUGGCUCCUCGCCACCGGCCUCGUCCUUGCCUUUCUCCUCGCCGUCGCCGGCGGCAUCGCCUACCUCUGGUUCCAGCCCCGCCUCCCCUCCUUCCGCGUCCAGUCCGUCCAGGCCUCGCGGUUCCGCGUCGCCGCCAGAUCCGAUGGCUCCUUCUUAGACGCGGCCACCGCCGUCCGGAUCCUCGCCUCGAACCCCAACGGCAAGAUCGGGCUCGUGUACGGCGGCGGGGAGGGACAGGUGACUGUGGUGGACAACGACGGCGAUGUGGAGGUGGGGACGGCGCCGAUCGCAGGGUUCGAGCAGGGGAAGAAGAAUGCAACGGUGGUCCGGUUCUCGGCAAACGCGCAGGGGGUGAUGGUGGACGACGCGGUGGGGUCCCGGCUGGAGUCCCGGUUCAGGAGCAAGGAGAUCCGGUUCGGUGUGGAGGUCCGGACGAGGCUAGGGUUCCGGGUGGUCGGUACGGCUACCGGGAAGGUGCCAAUCCGGGUUCUGUGCAGCGCGGUGAGUUUAAAACAAGUUGAGCGAGGCCAGACACUUCCUAAGUGCCGCAUCAACCUGUUCAGAUGGAUUAAUCUACAUUGAUCGGCGAAGGAAGGACUCCAAAUGAAAUGUUUGUAAGUGCUGGGCUUUGGUGUUGUACAGAGGAUAUGUAUUUCCAUUGCCACAUAUGUUAUUGGAUGCCGGAAACCUUGGAAGUGGGAAGAAGAGACGGACCUCCGCGUGGUUUCAAUUUGGAGUAUUCACAGCAAACUCGUAUCCAAAAUAAUUUAUUAUCUGUGAGAAGCCUAUUAGGAGCUUGUGUUUAAACCUUGAUGAAUGCCAUUUUUUUUUCUUGUAUAAGACACUGUAUUAUUUUUAGAAAAACUGUAGUCUAAAUAAGGAUCUGGUUGGAUUUAUUCUCGAAGAACCCUCUAAACAUGGUUAAUAAAAAUUUUGCACGCCA